AUGGCACUUGAAGCAGGCUCUUCAGCAUCAAAUUUAUCGCAACAACCACCCUCUACACCUCCAGUGAUGCCUACCGCUGCUACGACUGAAACCGGCCAGCAAUCGCCUCCCCCACCGUUGGCUGAGCCCAACGAGGAUCACGAACACCAUGAUGCCGACCACACGACUGAACUACUAGAAAAAGCCGCGCUGGCGCGGAGCAAACAUACAUGGUGUCUCUGCUUCACCAUCUUCGCGCUCGUCCAAGCUGCCAAUGUCGUACUCCAACCGCCCUUGGUGCAACUCAAGGAAUUAUCAAGCUGCAUGUCGUAUUACGGCCCCGGAUGGUCGCUGGGUAGAGACUGCAGGGUAGAAGCGGUACAGAAUGAGUUGGAGACGCUGAUAAAAUGGCAGCAGCUGUUGGAUACUGCGCCGGGCAUUUUGUUCGGUGUGUUUUAUGGUAUGGCUGCUGAUCGGUUCGGCCGGAAGCCUGUGCUUGCUCUUGCUCUGGUCGGGAUUACGUUGGCUGCUAUUUGGACGCAGGUAGUUUUAUUUUGGCCGACGGUAUUCCCAACCCGAUUGACUUGGUUGUCGGUAGUGUUCCAACUUGCCGGAGGCGGUAACCUGGUCGUGAAUGCCAUGAUAUUUGCGAUGGUAUCUGAUAUAACACCAGAGGAGAAGAGGGCUUCAAAAUUCUUCCGUCUAUAUGGAGUUGCUCUGCUUUCAGACAUGGUACUCUCACCAGCCAGCGGAGCUCUGGCAAACAUUCAACCCUGGUGGCCAGCUCGAUUCGGCCUAAUUGCAUUCAUAAUGUCUAUUCUUACCACUCUGCUCGUUCUCCCUGAAACAUUCGUCAAGCCCGUCGCAUUAUCAUCGACCAACCUGGAACAAACCACUACUCCAUUAGAGGAAGAAGAACCAGAAGAGGAAGAGGAUGAUCCAGUUCUAUAUGCCGAUGUGCCGAAGAACACACUCUGGCGGCGCGUGCGCAAAGUAGUGUCCAGUCUUCGCGAUCUCAGAUAUCUGAUUGCGUCGCGUCAGAUUCUUAUGCUAGUUCCCUUACUUUCCGUUGGUCAGUUGUACGACCAGUCAGCGGAGUUUUUUUUGAAUUAUGUCUCCAAACGUUACGGAUGGCGCAUUUCUCAGGCGAGUUUUUGGUUAACGUAUCGCAACGUUGUCAAUUUGGUACUGCUGAGCACGAUACUCCCAGGCUUGAGUGUACUGCUCCUCAAGCGCGGCUUUAGCGCAGGCAAAAAAGAUCUUUGGAUAUCCCGCGCGAGUAUCAUAUGUUUGGCUUUUGGGGCCUUUUUUAUUGGACUAGCCCCGAAAUUGUCACUAAUGGUCACUGGCCUCACAAUCUUUGCUCUCGGCCAUGGUUUUGUCCCCGCCGUCCUAAGUCUCGCAACCCCAUUUAUUGAACCAGGUCACGUCGGAAUGCUCUACACAGCCAUGACAAUCGGCGAGACUAUUGGCAAAAUCGCCAACGAGCCUCUUUUGACCGGAAGUUUUGAAUUGGGUAUGCGAGUUGGUGGGCUGUUGCUCGGUUUACCGUUUGUCGCUACCGGUGUCUUGUUGACAAUCACCGCAGUCAGUGUACACUCUAUAAGGUUGCCCAUACAGCCUAUUCAUCUUGAUUGA